AUGACAACACUCAAAGUAUUCAUUGCCACUGUGUUGUUGGUUGCGUUGUUCGCAUGCAUGACCACUUCAUCGGCUUCUGCUGCUAAACCCCGCAGAUAUCAACACGACAUGCAUGUCUUGAAACAACUUCUCAAAGAAAUCAUUCAAGAAGGUGAAUGGAACUCUGAACAAGUUCACGAAGAAGAGGAAGCAGCAGACAACUCUUUCAUUCCUGCUGCAGACAUGACAUCCAUGGCUACUUCUUCCUCUGAAUUUCCAUGUGCUGUUGCAGCCACUCCAUUCCGUUCUGAAAAAUCCAUUGAUGAAUUUAUUGCAACUGUAACCACCAAUCCUCAACAAUUGUUGUCUGAAUUUGGAAAAUUCAUUCUAACACCUUCCUUUCCCUUCUCUUUGAAACAAGCCUUAAAAAUAUUGCAAGCAGUUGCUGCUGCUCAACCUCGUGUUGUUCGUAAGCACGUUACCGAAAGCUUAUUGAAACGUUUGAUGGAUAUGAAAUCGAAUGAAGCCAUCGGAUUGAUUCAAAGUGUUUCUGAUCGUGAUUGGGAACGUUUCAAAUUGUUGGAAUUGUUGGUAUCCAAUAUUGUGGAUUUACCAACGAAUCGUGAAUAUGUCUUGAUGGCUCUUUUCAAUGAUCCUAUCGUGAAGGAGAAGGCUUCCUUGUUAUUGAAUGAAGUUAAACUUCAUGAUUGUGCUAUGGGUGCGUAUAACAGCCUUGCUUCCGGUUCAAGAGUCUUGUUUGUUCUGGAAAGAAGCGACUCAAUGAUGUAUUCCAAACUCACCUAUUCCUCAUCAGUCUCUCGUUAUGAUUUUGCCAAAUACCACUUGAUUCAAAUGUUAAAGCAAUUGCCAGCUACCACUUUAUUCAAUGUAGUGUCCUAUCAUGAAAAGAUUUUCACCAAGUUUGAUCAAUUCGUUCCUGCAACUCCUCAAAAUAUUGAACUUGUAGCUAAAAGCCCAUUCCCUUCAAGUGGUACUUCAUCGAGCUCGAUCAAUUUGGAAGAAUCAUUGAAGAGUGCUCUCAAGCUCUUUACACCAGCACUUUCACAACAAAUGGGAAAUAAUACAGUAUAUUUGUUGAGCUGUGGCCCAGGAAAUCGUGGAGAAUUCAAGGAUGCUGAAAAGUUGGCUGACUCAAUUCGUGAAUAUGCAGAGAUGGCUCGUGCUCCAGUGAAUACCAUUGCCUUCACAAUCGGAAGUGAACACUUUUCAGUGAGCAAUGCAGAGGCUUAUCGUGAAAUGACAAGUCGUAAUUUGAAUGCUAUUGCCUAUGCUACUGGUGGAUUCUUUAGAAGAAAUUAA